AUGCAUUUGUUUACUUUACCUCUUGCCAUUCUCUUGUGCUUCUUCCAGACGACCCUUUCGAGUACGAUUCCCGACUCAAGUCUAAUUGCCAGUAAUAUUCCUUUCCCAACUAGAGCUUACUGGAUGCGUCGAGCAAAUGAAGCAUUGGGCGAACUAAGUGGCUCUCCGUGUCCAUUCGCUGCAUUUGGCACUGCCGUCGUUAAUCAUACCGAUACUGAUGGACUGGGAGAUCUGAUAUGUAUCGGGAUCAACCAGAAUCGCCAGACAGGAAACCCGUCCUUACACGGAGAAAUAGCAGCCAUCACGAACUGCACUGCCAUUCUGACUGAUCCACAUGGCCGAUUUCGACUAACGGCCUCUGAAGCUCAAGCUGCAUUUGUCGAUUUAACAUUGUAUACCAACGCCGAGAGUUGCCCUAUGUGCGCCUCUGCCAUUCGGUGGGCAGGGUUUAAGGAAUAUGUCUACGGGACUUCAAUUAACACGUUAGUCCGAAAAGGCUGGGCCCAAAUUCAUAUAUCCUCAUUGGAAGUCUUCCAGGCUUCUUUAGACUUGUCGUCUCAGACUCUCUUGAUGGGGGAUGUUCUUGCGAAUGAGACGGAUCCAUACUUUUUGUGGCAGUUUGAUCCGGCUUACCCUUGCCCUGAUGGCUGCUCGCGUUCUGGUAAUGGUAGUAGAUGUCGUGUUUCUGCAAGUAAUGAAUUGAAUGCCAAUCGUGUUAAACAAACCGAAAUGCCCUCCAACCCAAUCGUCUUAAUCACCGGUGCCAAUACUGGCCUUGGACUUGAGACAGUCAAGGCAUUGCUGCGCUCAUCCAAAGCAUACACCAUCCUUCUCGGGGGCAGGAGUCUCGACAAAGCCAAUGCUGCAGCGAAAGGAGUACAAGAGGAAUAUCCCCAGAGCUGCAGCGUUGUCAAAACGAUUCAAGUCGACGUAGAAUACGACGACUCGAUCACCAGAGCAUCCGAGUAUGUCGCCAACGAAUACGGUCGCGUGGAUAUCUUGAUCAACAACGCAGGGGCACUGUUAGACUCCCAGUUCUACUCUGGAAACCUGACGAUGCGAGAAAUGUGGAACACAUCAUGGAACGUCAAUACCGUUGGAGCGCACAUCCUCACUCACACUUUCAUACCCCUUCUCCUCAAAUCGUCCAAUCCGAGACUCUUGUUCAUCACAAGCGGUACAUCGGCGCUUGGUGAGACUGAAGAUACCUCGUACAGAUUUAACAAAUCACCUGCCAAGGGUUGGCCCAAGGAAGAACCUUCUUUUGGAGCAUAUAGGUCUAGCAAGACUGGCAUGAACAUGAUGGUGUGCGAGUGGGUUCGGAUUCUGCGAGAAGAUGGCGUUAAGAUCUUUGGCAUCUCACCGGGGUUCUUGGCGACUGGCUUGGGUGGUGAUGUCGAGCUUAAUAAAAAGCUAGGUGCAUUAGAUCCGACCAUAGGGGCGGAAUUUGUGCGAGAUGUUGUUGAAGGGUGUCGUGAUCAGGACACUGGUAAAGUUAUUCGGCGGGACGCAACUCAGCCUUGGUAG